AUGGAAGAUUCUGAGGUGAUGGAUUUACUGAGAGCCUGGGGGCUCUCGGAGCUGGGGCCACUUUUCGCAAAAAAUGAAAUUAAUAUAGAAUCCCUGUCUGCACUGACAACGGACGAUAUAAAAGAAAUAAUUCGCAAUUGGGGCCCAGAGCCCUAUUCCUUCGCUGUUGGAAAGCUUGGGCAACGGAUUUCUCAAAUGUUAAUCAAGGUUCAACAGGACCUCCCUGUUACAAUUGAAGAUUACCUCCCAACAAGUGGAACAAGUCCCCUAAGAGUCGAAGAAACACUUCAGUGGAGAUGA